GAGAAAAAGCGCACGAAAACAGGAAAAAACGUGUUAGUUUAGGGCAAGAAAGAUCCCCAGAAGCAUCCCACCCAAACCCCACCCACUCUGGACAUAAAACCUCCCAUCCAUCCAUCACCCAUCAUCAGUGAUAGAUAUAAGAUCCGAGAGAGAGAGAGAGAGAGAGAGAGAGAGAGAGAGAGAGAUCGCAGACCCGUGGACGAUGUGUUGCAGUGGCGAGUGCCGGCCCCUGGGGUGGCUUCUCGGCCUCCCCUUCGCCUUCCUCUCCCUCCUCGUCUCCCUCGUCGGCGUCAUCGUCUGGAUCGUCGGGUUGCUUCUAUCGUGCAUUUGCCCGUGUUGCUUGUGCGUGACGAUAUUGGUGGAGGUGGCGAUCGAGCUCAUCAAGGCCCCGCUCCAUGUCAUGGAGUGGUUCACCUCUCAGAUCCCUUGUUGAUAAUUAAUAAUCCUUACUAGUAGUUCAUUUAUAUACACUCCUUAUUUUGUUUGGAUUAGAGUUUUGUGUUAAUUUGUAUUCAUAUUCAACCUUGUUUGGAUCACCACCUAAAGUAUGUUUUCCCUCUGUUCGUUCGCCUCUCUUUUCUAGGGUUCUCAACUCAGAUGAUUCGAUUC